UGGCGACCCCCAUGCAUAGGAUUAUCGCGCGGAGACAGGCGUAGGUUUUGGAAAUUAUUCGUUUUUCACCGUCAAAAAUAAAUUCAGCUCUUUCCUUUAUAUCUUAAUUUGGAAACCAAAUGCAUACAUUUGCGAGGGAGGCAAACAAACAACAUGUUCGAUGUCAAAAAUGCUUGGAAUUCGGCCACUGGACAUACGAAUGUACUGGGAAAAGGAAGUACCUCCAUAGACCUACAAGGACAGCAGAGAUGAAGAAGAAACUUAAAGAGAGCGAGAAAAUGCUUCCCAUCACGGCAGGACCAGGAACAGAAGGCUCAAAUGAGAAAGUGAAAAAGAAAAGGUCAAAGGAGUUGAGUGGCUCCAGCAGUGGGGACUCUGGCAGCUCCUCCGGCAACGACUCUGACAGCAGCAACUCCAGCUCGUCGUCGGACAGCAGCAGUGACAGCAGCAGCGACAGCAGCAGCGAUAGUGAGGACAGCACCAGCUCUUCCUCCUCCAGCAGCUCCAGCUCUGACUCUGAAUCGUCCUCCAGCAGCAGUAGUUCUGCCGAAAGCCCACCCAAGAAGAGGAAGAAGAAGAAAUAGGAGGAAUGGGCUGCAUUGUGAUCUAGGAGUAGAAUUUCAGGCUUCCUGUAACAUUACGCCAGGACCAUUCUCCCUAUAAAACAUGUAGGAAGGCCUUGUGGGAUAUUGGUGGUGUUCUGUGGGCAAAAAAAAAUCAGUUAUCUGUUAAAAUAUCAUAGGGAUGCAAGUUGUAAUUUCUAAAAAUUCGAACACAUUGCAGACUUUCUCUUAUUGUCAAUGCAAACUUUGGAUUUCAGGUCUAAAUAUUAAGUCACACAUAAUCAUUCAGUUGAUUAGUUAGAGCAUUUGCAUGAAACUUUUCUGAAAGAUAUGUAAAAUAUUGUAAGGACUUUUAGUGUUACCGGAAAAACAGAGAGGGGAUUUGGAUUUCUACAUUUUACAUUGCGACAAGUCAUUGAUACUGAGAAAUGAAAUUGUCUUUUAAGUAUAACAUUGUAGAGGCAAUUAUGAUGUGCAAACCCUCUAAGUUAAUAUGUUGAUAGCAGGUUCAGCAUCCAGAAUUUGUCUCUGUGGACAGUUCUAUCUACAGAUUGUUCAGAUCUGUGGACAUCAGAGAUAAUCCUUGGUAAUGAAAGAUAUUAAAUUACAUUGUGACUUCAUUUGGUGGAAUGAAAAUCUGUGUAUAGGCCCCCAUUUUCCCGGGACCCUGGCUUGACGUGACCUUAUUUAGCAAAUAUGUUUCACGGUACCACUUGCCCUUGGUUAACUGGAUAUGAAAAAUAUGCUUUAAGCAGUGUCAUAGUGGAGUUUUUCCUUCAUGCAUAUUGACUCCAGAUUAGGUAAAAUCAUAACUUCAUUAUCUCUUUUGUAUAGUAAUCCUCACCAGUUUUGGGUAUGUGUUUUUUGAAGAAAGCUAUUGUUUUUAUUUUUAUAAUGCAAAAAUAAAAAGUAUAGACAACUGUAUAA